AUGCCCAAGCACGUAAGUUGUUGUGUGCCUUUGUGCACCAAUAAUUUCAGAAACUCCUUCGGAUUGACGUUUUAUCGAAUUCCAAAAGAUGAAAGUAUUCGCAGAGAAUAUGUUCGUUUACUAAGAAAUGAUAAUUUGAAGAUAGAGUCCGACAGUACACGCGUUUGCUCUGCGCAUUGGACUGGAGGUAGUAAGCUCAGCAGAACUCACCUUCCAUCGAUAUUUCCUUGGAGCAAGAAGGAAAAGGAGCGACGGAUUUUGUCCAGAACCAGGGUUUUUGUUAAGAUUUUCAGUAACAGGGACCUUUUCCAAAGUAAGAGGGACCAAAAUGGCGGCUCUGCCGCCAUUUCUUGCCACGUAGGGAAAAUUUGAAAAUUUUAGGCCCAAAUGGGUGCAUUUGAGGCUACUUUUGCACACUUUCUGGUCUUAUAUUGGCUGAUAUAAUAUGGCAUUUGUUACUAUGAAACAUGCAACUUGUAGUACGGAUUACAUACCAAAAUGCUUAAGAAAUAUAUGACAACUUUGGCUUUUUCACAAUUUUAAUAUUUAUUUUCAAAGUUGUAAAGUUCACAUGGUAUAAAUCUAUAAUACUCCUAUAUAAAACACAUACUUUUCAGCUGCAAUAAUCCAUAAUGUAUCUUUCUGCAGUCAGGAUGCUCUUCAUAUGUCAAGAACUGGUGUUUUCUUGUUUUAAAUUCACAAGUAAAAAAAGUUUCCUUGAUAAUUUAUUUCUUCUUUUAAAAUAAUCAAUUUUUUGGCUCAGAAAUGCAUUCAUUUAUGGUGUGAUUAACCUAAGACAACUCAGAGCAAUGAAUUAUCUAUACUUGAUACUUUAUAGCUAAUCAGAGAAAUAGUCUGAUUCAUAGUCAGAAUCUUCCAUGUUGUGGCUUUUCUCAUCGCAUUCAAGCUGGAGAGCAGCAACAUACGCGUCGACAUUUGGCUCACUCUUGAUGCUUGAUUUCUAAAUUUUACACACGUGAAUAUAUUAAAAUGGUGUUGAAUGAAAAACAACUGGAGAACAACAGAACAUACCAUGCCCAUCUUAACUUGUUAGACCAAGAAAGGUAAAAGCUUAAGGCAAAUUAAAAAACCUUGCGGAUAAUUUAAAGCAACGUCAGACUAAAUAUAGCAACGCAAUGUUACCGAUAUUAUGAUCUCGCCGAAGCGGCAGGUACUGUACAUACAAACUAAUUACAUUAUAACUACAAAGAAAAAAGUUUACCUCUGAGUGAAGUACUGAUUAAUUUUCCGCUUCAUUUGGUACUGUGCAAAGCCGCCAAAGUAGAUAUGUCACGUAACGUUGUCACAAAGAUGAGAAUUGCUGUUUGAAUGUUUUCUCUCGACUAUGGCGUUACGCCAUACUCGAGAGCAAAUGCUAGACUGAACUGUAGCGAUGGAACAAGCUGACUUUUUGCCGUUGUCUGUCGCAACACCAUGAGAAACCACGACGGAAAUACGCAUUUUUUUUUCUCGCGAGGCUUCCAGGUUUUGUAACACUAUUUAUUUUGACACAUUUACUUACGAAUGGAGGUUAUUCGAUACCCCGAUGACGAACUUUGGGAGUGCCGAUAAAUGCGUUUGUUUUGUUUCAUAACGUCUCAAGUCACGAACUCCAAAUUAGCUGCACGUGCACAAAAUUUAUCACAAAGAAACAUACCCAAAAGCAGAGAAAUAAUACAAAAUUUUAUUUAUUUUACCGUGAUUUACGUUCAAAUUUAAAAUUGUCGGCUGACCAUAGUCUCCACAGGAGUUUUAGUACAAACUGAGCGUGAAAAUAGCCGGGACAAAAAUUAAAAUAGACGAGUAAAGGUCCCGGUGUCCCGGCCCUAACAAAAACCCUGCAGAACGGAAGCGACUGCAAAUACAGCAAGCAAGAAAAGAAAAGUGGACGUGGGAUCUUCUACCGAAAUUGACGAAGGGACUCUUAUUGAAAUUGAUCACGAGGAGUCCAUUCCGGCCUCUUUUUGCGAUGCAGCGACACAAACUGAAAUGACUGUAGAAAUGCUGGAUCGAAUGGAAGCCGAACUUAAAGAGAUGAGAGAGGAAAAGGAAAGGUUGGCAAGGGAGAGAGACGAGUUAUCAAGGGAGUUAAAGAGACUUCAGCAUGUAACGAAAAAUCAGAAAUUUGACAUUGUAAAAUUUAAGGACAGCCCUGAAGAUGUCGAAUUUUACACAGGCCUUCCCCACUGGGAUGCACUUAUGCUCCUUUAUGACCUGGUCAGUCAGAAGGCUCAGAACCUGAACUAUGGCAGUUAUGAAAAGAAAGACAGUGGUUCAGAGCAAAAGCUUGGAAGGCCCAGAGCAUUGACUUUAUUUGAAGAGUUUGUUUUGACUUUAAUGAGACUUAGGCUUGGCUUGUUUCUAAAGGAUCUUGCACACAGAUUUAAUGUUUCUGAAACUACUGUUUCUGUUGUGUUUAACACUUGGAUUCGGUUUAUGAGGAUUGAACUGGAGCCUUUAAUUUGCCUCCCCAGGAGAGAGCUUCUACAUCAGUUCAUGCCAAACAUUUUCAAGGAACUUUAUCCAAGGACAGUUCUAAUUAUUGAUGCUGUUGAAAUUCGAGCAGAGAGCCCCUCAUCACUUGACAUGCAGUCAGUGUGUUAUUCCUCGUAUAAAGGAACAACAACUAUGAAAGGACUAGUUGGUCUUUCGCCCACUGGAGCCCUGGGAUUUUUAAGCGAGCUUUACACUGGUAGCAUAAGUGACAAGGAGCUUACCAAAAUGUCUCAUGUGAUUGACUACUUGCAUCCUGGGGACGAUGUCAUGGCAGACAAAGGCUUUGACAUACAAGAUGACUUUGCUGCAAAAGGGGUUACUGUAAACAUACCUUCUUUUCUUAAAGGAAAAACUCAGUUCAGCAGAGAAGAAAUGGCACACAACAAAAAAAAUGCUAGCCUGAGAAUACAUGUUGAGAGAUGUAUUGAAAGGAUGAAAAACUGGCAUAUUUUUGAUGGCAGAAUUCCUUUAACAUUGGCUCCUAUUGCUAGUGACAUGUUUAUAAUCAUAGGGGCACUUACAAACUUUUUACCACCUCUCAUUGAUUAA